GGCGCACUUCCUCCUGCCUGCAGCACUGCGCCGGCUGGGUUGCUGCCUGACGAGGAAUGACCCGCACUCCCCCUCCUGUGCCAAAUGCUCCCAGCAGUCCCAUCAUGAUGCACAGCAACUGGACUUGCUCUGAUCCCAACGUAACGUACAAAUCCACGCUGUACGCAGCCACCUACACCAUCAUCUUCAUCCCCGGCCUUCUGGCCAACAGCGCUGCCCUCUGGGUGCUGUGCCGCUUCAUCAGCAAGAAGAACAAAGCCAUCAUCUUCAUGAUCAACCUGGCCGUGGCUGACCUGGCGCACGUCCUGUCGCUGCCGCUGCGGAUUUACUAUUACAUCAACCGCACGUGGCCUUUUGGGAGAUUCCUCUGUUUGCUGUGCUUCUACCUGAAGUACCUCAACAUGUACGCCAGCAUCUGCUUCCUCACCUGCAUCAGCAUCCAGCGGUACUUCUUCCUAUACCAGCCCUUCAAGGCCAAGAACUGGAAGCGUCGCUACGACAUCGCCAUCAGCGCGGCCGUCUGGCUCUUUGUGGGCGCUGCGUGCUCCCCGUUCCCCAUCAUGCGCGGCUUCCGCCUGCAGAACAACUCCAAAACCUGCUUUGCAGACCUGGAGGUGAGGCAGAUCGAGAGCAAAGUGGCCACCGUGGCGAUGACGGCCACUGCGGAGCUCUUUGGCUUCAUUGGGCCCCUCAUCGUUAUCGUGUUCUGCACCUGGAAAACAAAGAUCUCCCUUCGGGGCUUCCGGAUACCGCUGCAAAACAACAGCGAAGGGCGGAAAGCUUCGAGGAUGGUAUCCACCUGUGCCAUCGUGUUCUUUGUGUGCUUUGCACCGUAUCACAUCAAUUUCUUCUUCUACAUGAUGGUGAAAGAGAACGUCAUUACGGAUUGCCUCCUGCGCAGGAUCACGCUGCACACUCAGCCCUUCUGCUUAACUCUUGCAAGUCUGGACUGCUGCUUGGAUCCGAUCCUCUAUUUCUUUAUGACCUCAGAGUUUCAGGACCAGAUCUCCAGACACAGCAGCAUGGCCAUCAGGAGUCGGCUCAUGAGCAAAGAGAGUGCGUCAUCAGUCAAGGAAUGAAAUAAAGCCAGCUAAGAGAGUUAAGAUCUUUCAUCUGAAAUCCAGGACCAUUCAACUACCAACUCCAUUGCUGAAGACACCUCGAUUGUUCAGGGGAGUUUUGUAGCAGUGGAAAUCUUUCAAUACACACAAGAUAAAACUUUAUGAUCAACGUGUUGGAGUGACCCAGCAGACACUGACUGCACCUACCGCUGUGAUGCCCACUCCUGACCCAGUGGGACUGGAAAAUCCCCAAAGCCUUUGAUGGGAAAUGGUGGAAACAUCCUAGGAGCUUUUCUUCCCAUUUCUCCAACUCCAGGGGCUCUUUGUUCAAGCCAAAGAUGAUUAUUCGUCCAUACACUGGCAUCUGCUGAAGUGCUUUCACUGCACACCAUGCAUGCGAGACCAUGGAAGUGGCCAGGAAUAGCAAGCAGCAGUUUCGCUGUCCAUGCUCAGGGACACAGAUGUGUGAGCUUGCUCCAGCAUGGAGCACCAGCUCGCUGCUGCCUGCCCAGCUCUCAGAGCAUUGCUCUGGUCAUCACACUUACCACUGCUUCAUUCCUUUCUGCUCUUUUCAUCAUCACCUUCUUCUCACCCAGCUCCAUGCAUGCUUCUUACCUGUGGAUGCAUCCUAUGCCUUACCCUGCAGCCAGCGCUGUGAGGUUGUUCAGGUUCUGCACAGAGGGACCUUUCCUCGCUCCAUGUCCCCUUCACACCCCAAGGAACAGCACUGCCAUCAGUGGGGGCCCAGCAUCAGUGCUGCUGGGUUGGGUGACUCCCAUGGCACCACGCAGGUCCUCAUCCCCAUAUGUGCACGGCUCCUUCAGCCUAGUGCUGGGACCACACUGUGAGGUCCUUCUUUAGGGGUUCAGGGGCACAUCCACUGGAGAAGAAAGGUGCCCUUCCCUCUCUGGUUUCCCUAAAAUGUGACAUCUCCUAGGCCAAAUUCUGCCAAUGUAUGUAACAAUGGUUUCCCCAUGAUAACUGAGGACUCUUGCUGAACAGAAGCACUGAUUUAUUCCCUCUGAUACCCGUGUCUUUCCAAAACAAAUGCAUUCAGUGGCUCCAUCUCACAUGUUGCUACAAAGCAGACACAAUACCAGAAACACUUGCUGGGUAUAUUUUAAACACACAAUUCCUCUUAAUUACUUUUUCACUUACCCAACAUUUUUCUGCAUAUUACAGAUUUUACUUGACUGUUUUACAACAAAGUGGGGGCAAUUCAACAGCCAGGUUUGGAAAACCAUUACACUGGAGCUCUUCUCAAAAGCAGGGACCAGCUGUUGAUUGAACCCAAUUAGCUGCCAUAGUUCUCUCGUUGGUGAGAGGAUGAGUAUGAACAACAGUAUUAUGAACUUUUACAAGCAGAUAAGUGAGGAUGGCAAAAGAUGCUCAUCCAAACAGAGUAGCAUUCACGUGGUGUUACUGCAGCUUCUAUAGCUUUGUAGUGAGAACUGGGAGCUGUUUGCUGUGUUUACAAUUCUCUGUUUAUCAAGUGAGAACAAGUUGAAGACACUGUUAUGGCGAGUGUGUAGCUCAUCCUACGCUGUUCUUUCCAAAAACUGAUGCUUCAGAAAUAAAUGCAUUUUUGCAAGUGUAA